GCUGCUCAACAUCGCGCCAGCUGCUCAGCAUUGCGCCAUCCGCCAAGAUGGCCCUUCUCACCUCGUCGUCUCCCCUGCCCAUCCCGGCGACAUGGCUUCUCUCGCUCCUGGUCCUCCUCUACCUCCUCAUCCGCUACCCUAACCGCCUAGUCGGCACUCACCCCUCUCGCCCCGGGGUCCAUACCUUCCCCGGUCUCCCCCUCAUAGGCAAUACCCUCACCAUCGUCCGCCGCGGUACCGUCGACCAGCUACAUCGCCUCCUCGAGCAACUUCGCGCCUCCCCUUUGCCUGUGUACAGCUGGACCUUUUGGCCUACGGGAAGGAUCAUCAUGAUGAGUCGACCAGAGUACAUCGAGUAUGUGCAGAAGACGAAUUUCGAGAAUUAUACAAAGGGGAGCUAUUUCAGGAAUGCGUUUAGUGAUCUACUGGGGGAGAAUGGCAUCUUUGUGGCGGAUGGACAUCCGUGGAAGAUGCAGAGGAAGAUGGCAAGCCAUAUCUUCUCGGUCAACCAGUUCCGCAGCAUAGUCCAGACAGUCGUCCACUCGGAGCUCCUCACCCUCCACACCUUACUACGCAACAUCUCUACCAGCUCCUCCCCCCACCUCGCCCUCCCCGACCUCUUCUUUCGGUACACCCUGUCCUCCUUCGCCUCCAUAGCCUUCGGCGCCGACAUUGGCUGUCUCACCUCGUCUCCCACCUGCCUCGACCACCAAGUCCCCUUCUCCGUAGCCUUCGAUGCCGCUCAGGAGCACAUCAAUAAGCGGCUCGUCAAGCCUGGCUGGCAGGUCAUUGAGAAGUUCAAUCAGGGGGGAGAGGAUAUGAGGGAGUGGGUCAAGACGAUUAGAGGGUUCGCAUUGGGGAUCAUCGAUAAGAGGUUGGACGAGGGAAAGAGGGAGAGGAGGGAUAGUGGAAGUGGCAUGGGAGAGGAGGCAAAGAAGAAGGAUCUACUCGGCUUGGCUAUGGAGCUCACCAAGGAGAGGGAGGACCUCCUCAUCGUGGUCCUCAACUUCCUCAUCGCCGGCCGCGACACCACAGCCCAAUCCCUCUCCUGGCUCAUCAUCGAGCUCCUCACCCACCCUCAGCACAUCCCGCUGAUCCUCGACGAGAUCCGCAACAACCUCCCCCCACCCUCCCAUCCAGACUCGCCCGUACUCCUCGAGUACGACCAAAUGAAGGACCUACCCUACACCACAGCCUGCAUCUCUGAGGCCAUCCGCUUGCACCCCUCGGUGGCCAAGAAUGUCAAGAUGGUAGAGCAGGACGACGUGAUAGUGCCUCAGGGGGCGAAUCCGCAUAACCUCCCACCCCUACAGGUGUACAAGGGAGAAAUGGUCGGAUGGUCAGACUGGGUCAUGGCUCGUAUUCCCGAGGUGUGGGGAGAGGACUGCGAAGAGUACAAGCCGGAGCGUUUCUUGCGUGCUUUGUCGGCUCCCUCCUCGCAGGGCUCGCAGCAAUACCAGUACAGGAGUCCGAGCGAGUGGCAAUUCCACGCCUUCAAUGGCGGCCCACGCAGGUGCCUCGGUCAACAGCUAGCCAUGUACGAGGCCUUGGCGCUAGUGGUGGCUGUUCUGCCUUCCUUUGAGUUGGGGUGGAAGGAGGGUCAGGAGACAAAGUGGCCACCGAGCUAUACGAGUAGUGUCACGCUGCCUACUGAGCCGUAUGAGGUUGUGGUGAGGGAGAGGGAGAGGGAGAGGAGGGAGGGGAGGAGCGCGCAGAGUGGUGCGGAGACGUAGGUGGCUUUUGAGUGAGGUGAAGGGGAG